AUGUUCGGGACAAUGCCAGACCGAAGUGUGAAACAUACACACGAGGACUUGCAUGAUUUCGUUCGAGCUCGGGUGUCCACAUCGCGCCCUUCCAGUCUGCGAGCGAACAGUCAGUAUGUAUACUUGUCAGACGAAGGAGAAGAUAGUGCGGAAAAUAACCGCCAUUUUAAUCAUACUUUAGAGAACUAUGUCCGUCGGCGAGCGAAGUACUCCAAACGUAAGUCUUCUAAACGAGCAUCCACGUCUAAGCUGACCAAGGCUACCAUGGCGGACGAUGAUACUGAUGACGACGAUUCUAUAUUUGGACAAAGUGACGAUGAAUUAAACGAAGGGGUAACACGUUGUAGUUUCGGAAGGAUUUCUAAUCGACGCUUAAUCAAGAACUUACAAUCUAAAAAUAAUAUUACAUCGCGAAGGGAAUGUCGAUGUUCCGCUACUGUGGCGGAACACGAGGAAUUAGUGUGUGGAUGGGAAUCUAAAUACCAAACCGGGAAAUAUUACAGACCAGUGAAAGUAAAGCGCAAGACACAAAACCAUAACAUUCCGCAUGCUUACCAAAGGUUACUUCCGGAACGAGAUACGGGAUUUGACUUUCAUCACUAUGAGGAAUCGUCACAGUAUAUGGAACAGUACCGACACAAUCACACCGUGGGCGAUGUGUGUAAGGUGUCAUACUACCACAACGAUGACGUCACGAUGGCAGAUCCAUACGUAUCUAGGGUCAAGGGGAAUGUCUGCUCCAUCGCUGAGAACUGUGACUUCCUUGCCAUUCUGUCGGUGGAUCGAGAAAAUGGUAACGUGAUGACGAAUCCUCACCUUUACCACAGUAACACCAGCAUGGGCCAACACCAUCAGACACACCAACAUUCUGGGCACGAUCUUCACUCUGAAGAAGAAAAUAAUGAUGACACAGAAAAGAACAUGUCAGUUCAGGAUAGGGGUAAAAAACUCAAUCUUGCUCCAGUAAGAAAAUCAACUACCUCUAGACCGAAAUUGUGUAAAUCAAACAUGAAAAAGAAAACCGCUCGGUCGACACAUAGCCAGUAUUUGAAUUUAGUCAUACCCAAAACAACUCUCCACCGGAAGGAUCUGCAACUAAAUGUACAGCCUGUAAAGGACACUUAUGCUGCACGAUUUGAUACACGUCGACUGACUAGUGGCCCGAAUAAGAAUACAUUUACUCGAACAGGAAGUGCGGACUCCGUGCAAAGUCCUCAACAGUUGGCUGGAAGAGAAAACUCUCCAGCACAGCGCUUUGUAGAGGUAAAGAAUUCACGCUCAAAUACAUUUCAUAUUAACUCUGCACCCAUACCUGGGCAAGCACAUCCAGUCCGGGAACCAGUGUCCAACCGUGGGUCUUCUCAAAGUAGCAGUCCCACUAAGGGACGUCAUUCUAGAGGCUGCGAUCGAACAAAUACCAUACUGCCUAGCUUUCCAAGCGACAUAUACACUAAAAUUCAAACAAAGACAACCUUCAACGGAAGUGGAAAUGGAGAUCCUUACCAAAUGACUCCUUUCCCCCGCCCCCAGCCCCAGAGGGUAUGGGAGGGAGGUGAUAGAGUUAGUAGUGACAGCGUCAAAAAUGACACGGUGAUCCCAGUGCCGCUGGGAUCGUUUGGGGUCAGAGGUCGCACGUGCAAUGGAGAAGAUCGCGUCACAAUCGGAUAUAGACUCAAACGAGACCGAGAGAGACGCGUCGGUUUGUCGGCCGUCACCUGA